UCACAUCACAAAUGUUUUUCUGUCAGUCCUCGUGUGCAGAUUAGAUGGACGGUAAUAAUCCCAGUCUGCAGCAGCUGAGAAGGAACAAGACUCAACAAAGAAACAUCUACUGUGACACUGAGGGAAAUAUGCAGAGUUUGUUUAAUCCUCGUGUUAAGAGGAUUAUGGGUAAUGAUGAUACGGUCGCGAGAGAUGAUACAUGAUGAACAUGCAGAUGUUUUAGAAAAUAUAUAAAAUAUAAAAUAUAUCAGUUCAUAUCACAGAUAAACACAGUGUUACAAAGUGACACAUAUGUCCUUAAGUGAAAGGACACAUGGACGCCUGCAUUCAUCAUGGCAUUGUGUCAGUGGGGGAGGGGGGCCGGGGGUGAGGAGCCAGGCUUUGAGGGAAGAAGCAAGGGAAGAGGAAAAAGGAGCCAUCUGUUCCUGUAGUCUCACAUCAGAGGAGGAAGAGCACGAGAGCUGACGCUGCUCAAGAGAACCAAGGGAUAAAGAGUGACAUCACACUCCAAGACCUGAAGAUUUGAAUCCAGCCAAUGUUUAAAACAGCAAAUCAUGUCGUCAAGAUGAAGACGUGGAUUCUUUUGUUGUGCCUGAGCGACACAUGGAUGUGGACACGCUCCACUGCUCCUGUGACCUCGACACCCCCGUCUGCACAUGUGACACCCACUGAAGAUGACAACACCCACCUGCUGGACUGGCUGAUGAAGUACGGCUACCUGCCGCCCUCAGACACGUCCACUGGGCAGCUUCAAGCCUGGACAGCAGUCACUGAUGCUGUCAAGGCCAUGCAGAGGUUUGCAGGCCUCACAGACACUGGGGUUCUAGAUGAGGAGACGAUGGUGUUGAUGAAAAGUCCACGCUGCUCCCUACCUGACCAGGAGGAAACAUCCAAAUCUCUGGACAAGCAAGACAGGAGACACAUGAGGAGGAGGAGCAGCACCUCCAUGUGGACACACAGGAACAUUAACUGGAGGUUACACUCGUACCCGUCCUCCUCUCGUCUGACCAGAGAGACAGUCCGCUCACUGGUCUUCUAUGCUUUAAGAGUGUGGUCAGAACCAACACCUCUGGACUUCCAUGAGGUAAGCAAUCCAGGGACAGCUGACCUGUUGGUGGACUUCCUUCAUGGUUACCACGGUGACGACUAUCCCUUUGAUGGGGCAGGUGGUGCAGUCGGCCACGCCUUUUUCCCAACAGACCCAACUCGUGCGGGUGGAGUUCACUUGGAUGCAGAGGAGGAGUGGGCCUUCAGACAGCCAGCCUCUGAGGGCACUGACCUUUUCACAGUACUGGUCCAUGUGUUUGGCCAUGCUCUGGGUCUGGCCCACUCCUCAUCCCGCCAUUCAGUGAUGAGGCCGUAUUACCAGGGUCCUGCUGGAGAUCCCCUCCACUACCGCCUGGGACCCCAUGAUGUGGAGCACAUCACCCAGCUCUAUGGUCAAAGGAACCAGCUACAACCGAACAACGCUCCUCGCGUCACACCAGAGACUCACAACAGAGGCACUCGCCAACCUCAUCACAAAUAUGGCUCCCUCAUCGAUCGCUGUAACACCAGUUUUGAUGCUGUGACGAGGAUCCGAGGAGAGACUUUCUUCUUCAAAGGUCAGACCAUGUGGCGGGUCAGUGGAGCAGGUCUGGUGUCGGGUGGCGGGGUUCUGGUCAGGAGGCUGUGGAGGGGUCUACCUCCCGACCUGCCUCGUCUCACUGCUGUGCUGGAGAGACAGUCAGAUCAUGCCAUCAUCUUCAUCAGUGGUUCACAAUUCUGGCUCUUCAGUGAUCUCACCCUGCAGGAGGGCUUCCCCCGGCCCCUCUCUGGCUUGAUCAGAGCAGAUGAUGAUGAUGAUGAUGAUGAUGACGAGAAGCAGGAGGUGGCCACGAGGAGGUGGGGCCUGGUCUGGGACCCAGAGGACGGACCCAUGUGGGGCGACAAAGGAGAAGCUGGCAGUGAAGAAAGACAGGAGGACACCUGGACUCAGCUGCUUCAAGAGGGAGUCAGUGGCAUCACCACAGACAACAAUGGUUCAGUCUUUCUCUUUAAAGGAGAUUCUUACUGGAAGUUCUCAUCUCCUGGCUCUUCACCCGAGGACGGAUACCCACGUUCCUCGGCUGCAGACUGGCUCGACUGCCCCGACUCCACCUCAUUCUCACCCAUCGUGGAUGAACGCUCCUUGUCGCUGUCGCCACCUGCAGGAAGACAGGAGCUCAGGGAGAGAUGGAGGGAGGUGAGAGAGGAGGGGGCAGCAGGAGGAAGGAGGGAGCAUGACAAGAACUCACAGGGAAAUCCACAGGAGAGAGGCUCACAUAUCUGGACUCAGUGUGCUUGCCAAAAUGGAGCGACUGGUGAGAGGAGAACAUCUCCUAUUGCUGCCUUGCUGCUGGGCACAUGGAUAUGUUUGACUGUUUAGAUCCAAAUAAGACAAAACAGGUCAGUUGCCAUCCACACGCUGUACUCUACGUUCCUUCAGGCCUUGGUAUAUCGCUGUGCACACGGACCCAGCGCACAUCGUGUGCGUCAUCAACACGCAGACUUUGGAAUCGUGCGCGAGGAGCACGAUGGCUGCACAUGAAGAAACAGAAGAAGAAGUCGCCAAAGAAUCAUCGGAACCUCGACCUUUCAGCUGUGAGCCGCUCGAUCAGACGUGUCCUCUUCUUCUUUAGUAGGAAUGUACUUGUACUGCCACCUGAUGGUGAAGUCAGAUACUACAGGACUCUGAUGCACGAGUAUACCAGGGCCUUUACACUAAUCCAUGUCGGCUCUGCUCUCGGUGGCUCCUCCCACAGUUGGUAAACUUUAUUGUUUGUUACAAGUGUCAAACAUUUGUCGGGGUAAAAGCAAACCCAUGUUCAGACCAGGUACAGUGGUCUAUGUUAUAGCAUUGUAUACAAAUGUGUGUCAUACACAUUAGACCUGAAUCAUCAAAACAAUUAUUUGAAGGUUCAAAUCCUUCACUGGUAUCUAUUGUACUUGAAGGACAGUGUGUUCAUUAGUAAUUAACUGAGUGUUUUUAUGUUAGCUCACUGUUUUAUAAUCAGCUCUGAAGAAUGCAACGCGACAUCUCUGUUGUAGCCAAUUAUACGUCACAUAACUUAACUUAUACAUAAAUGGUGUCGCCCUCAAGUGUCAGUGUAUAAUAAAGAAAUAAAAUAAUCAAACUGA